UAAGUACUUCGUUAAUUCAACAUACCUGUGAUUAACCGAAACAUGAAUUGAAAAUUAUUAUCGAAAAUGUUGCAAAUGAUUAAUAAAAACUUUAGGACUCCAUGUGCAGAACACGAAAUCGGUGUGCAGGCUGCAGCAGACACUCAUUCUCCGGUCAUUGUUGCCACAAGUUCAAUGUGAAUGUAUGCAAUUUUCUAACCAAAAGUUAAAUAUAAAAUAGAAAGUGAUGUAAACAAACGACAAUAAUUAAUUUCUUAGAAUAAUUAUGCAUUGUUUUUCCAAAUUCAGAAUAUAGCACAUUAACAAUUAACAGAGAUACAUCAUUGCCACUGUAAUGUUGGCAGCCUGAUUGAAUAUUUUGGAACAUGCGAUUCCCUUCAUGUCGUGUAUUUUCUCUCUUGCUACUUGCACAAGUAGUAGUCUGCAGUUUGCUUGUGAACGAAAGUGAAAAAUUUACCCCUUAGACAAAAUGAACGUACCUACCUUUUCCUUUUUCGUCAUAUAAUUCAUUUCUUUCCUCGACUACCAUUUUGUUCCAGUUUUAUGUUUUAUCAAUUUCAAUGUAGAUCUAAAAUUUUUCUUUUUGUGGUUUUGUUUUCGUAUAGGUAGUGCAAGAGGAAAGGUAUUAGCGAUUUACAUGGGUGUGUGAUACACGUGCGUUUCCGUUAUCAAUUCCGGCGCUAUUUUUCGCUGACUUGUAAAUGACAUUAAUUGGCUUUUUUUAAAUUUGAUGCACCAUUAUGCCAGCGACUAAUAAAUACGGAGUGAUGAACUGGCAUGAUUUCGUGAUUGUGAUAGUGUCUGAGCUGUAUUACGAUCGAAGAAAAGCACUUGUCGGUUAAAAGAUAGUCCAGUUUGUCUGCAGCCAGCAACGUAUAGUUCUGCGAGAGCCGAACGUUGCCUGCUGAUUUAAUUAUCGGAGCACAACAGAAUGGCCGAAGGGAGUGAGAAGAGCGAAGGAAGCACUGACAAGGACAAGACUGUUUUCGAAAGCCAAUCAACCGAACUACCCGCAGAAACCAUGCCCACCAGGCCGAGCAAGCCCAGCUCGUUUAUCGGAGUCAUUGACGUCGGAACGCGAACCGUUCGGUUCGUCAUCUUUAAUGCAAAGUUAGUAGCAGAAGUAGAAUCGCACUACAUCGAUAUAGAACAGAUAACACCGCAAGAAGGAUGGGUCGAGCAAGAUCCAAAAGAAAUCAAGUCGGCGGUAAACGUCUGCAUCUCGGAAGUACUUAAGAAGAUGACUACUAAGGGCAUGGAUGCGGAGAAUAUUGUUACGAUUGGCAUUUGCAAUUCGAGGGAAACGACACUUGUCUGGGAUUCGAAGACUGGAGAUGCUCUCUAUAAUGCUAUUUUGUGGUCAGACAUACGAACGGACAAGAUGGUCGACCAGAUUGUAGCAAGGUUUCCAGACAACGACAAGAAUCAUUUGCGACCGCUUUGCGGUUUACCGGUUAGCUCGUACUUUUCAGCGUUGAAAAUUCGAUGGCUAAUGAAACAUGUACCUGCUGUGAGAAAAGCCAUGCGCGAACGGCGAUGUAUGUUCGGUACCCUAGAUACCUGGUUGGUCUGGAAUCUGACUGGAGGAAAGGAUGGAGGCUUGUAUAUAACCGAUGUUACAAACGCCUCAAGAACAAUGUUGAUGAACAUUGAAACAAUGAGUUGGGAUGUAACGCUGUGUCGGUACUUUAACAUUCCCAUGAAUAUUCUUCCACAAAUACGAAGUAGUUCUGAAAUCUACGGUAAAAUCAAUGUGGGUCCACUACGGAAUAUAACCAUAUCGGGAAUAUUAGGUAAUCAACAAGCUGCACUUGUAGGACAAAACUGCCUAAAGCAGGGUCAAGCAAAGAAUACAUAUAGAAGUGGAUGUUUUUUACUCUGUAAUACUGGCACUCAGCGAGUAUUCUCAUCACACGGACUGGUGACAACGGUGGCCUACCAGCUUGGACCAAAUAGUCCAGUAGUGUAUGCAUUGGAAGGUUCGAUAGCGGUAGCUGGUUUGGCGAUCAAGUGGUUACGCGACAAUAUGAAGAUGAUGAAGGACGUACACGAGAGCGAACAUCUUGCUCAAAAUGUUUUCAAUACUGGCGAUGUAUACUUCGUACCUGCGUUCUCGGGACUUUAUGCACCUUAUUGGAGAAAAGACGCAAGAGGAAUCAUUUGUGGUAUGACGGCAUAUUCCACGAGAGACCAUAUAAUAAGGGCAUCGCUGGAGGCCGUUUGCUUCCAAACGAGAGAUAUUUUAGAAGCCAUGUUCAAAGACUGCGGUUUUCCGUUAACGAAACUUUAUACCGACGGCAAGAUGUCGACUAACAGUUUACUUAUGCAACUGCAAGCUGACAUUGCUGGAGUACCAGUUUUUAGAUCAACGGUACCUGAUAUUACUGCACUCGGUGCAGCGAAAGCUGCUGGUAAUGCAGCUGAAAUAGAACUGUGGGAUUUGGAGGGAAAGGGUGCGGAAUUAGUUAUGACAGAUACAUUUUUACCUACUACAACACAAGAAGAUCGCGACACGAGGUAUAAAAAAUGGAAAAUGGCUGUGCAAAGGAGCCUUGGUUGGUCAUCAAUCAAAAUGUCUCCACAAAUGACAGAUGAAAGAUAUCGUAUUUUGGCAUCAAUACCAGCUAGCUGGUUCUUUAUAACAAGCUUCGUGUUACUAAGGCUAAGCUACUACUUCGACAAUCGGUGACGCCUUACUAUCAACAAUUCAAUGGUCUUUGAUAUAAUUGUUCAAUAGAUCUUGAGCCAUGUAGAGUCAGGUCUUAUAGACAUCCACACGCUGAACUAAGCUUCUUUCCAGAUUUCUCAAGCUUAUAGUUCCUUCAGAAAAGAACUAUAGCCUUAACGCAAUUACUCUACCCGCAAACACGUACGCACCUUUGAAUUUUAUGCAGCGUACGUUUCCAAAUGUUGUACAUGUAAAAGGAGUAUGGAUAUAUUUUGCAAAUUGUCAUUUGCAAAAUUUGAGAUAAAUUUAUUUUUAAUUAAAACAACGUAAUGCAUUUUAGCCGAUCAACUUUUCAUUUUGACAAUUCUUAGUUAAAUGAAAACUUUACGGCACUAAAAGUCAUAAUUCGUGACAUCCGAACUCGUUUAGAGUGUAAUCCUGUAUGUAAACAUUGUACAGGAUAUUUUCGAUGUACUUUUACGAAAUAUUAUUUUGUUGAUAUUUUACUGAUUAUUAUAAGUUUUCUUUAUAGUCAAUACAUUUUAACUCUUAAUCUAUACUAUUAAAAAAACAAGUAGCAAAUUGACAUGUCAAAACACUUACAACAGAAAAUUAGUUAGUUGAACUGUUUGUGUAAUAGUUCUUUUUUCUUUGUUUCAUUCUGUAAGUAUUGUCAUGCUAAAGUAGAUUUUUUAACGUUGUUAAAAAUGGUAAAUUGAUCUUUGCGGACAGCAAUACCAGAAGUACGACGUCUACGCUUAUUGUAAAAUUGAAAAGCAAUGUAAAAAACUGCUUCAUACUAAAUCAAGUCUUUGUUAUCCUAAAUAAGUUGUAUUUAAGGAAUUAAUAUUUUUGCAUAAACUUGACACCUAUGAAAUGUAUGAUUAUUUUUCAACAUGGUGCUCAUUCGAUUUACCUCAAAAACGCUUAUUCAACAAGCGUGUAUUCAGUCAUCCACCAACAGAUUCUAAAUAAGUAUUGAAUGUUAAACAGUAAUUAUAUUAUAUUGCCAUAUUGCCAAAUAAAUUUGCGAGUUCAAAUUGUGGGGUUAAUGCAACUUAUUUUUGCAUGAAAUAAUUUCAAGUCCCUGUUUACUGUUUUUUAUGUUUUAUCAAAAUACAUUAUAACUAGGCUUUAUUCUGAUGAACAUUUUAGCGAAAUGUAUGAUAUUUUGUUCCUCUAAUUGUAAAAUAUUAGAAAUAAGAACAAGAACGUUAAUAAAACUAUUUGGAAAUUCUUA